AUGUUAAAGCCCCAAAACAAUGAAUCUGAUCUUCAAAUGUGUUCACAAGAAUUAAACUUCAGUUCAGAAGAAAGGCCAAGAGCUGAUUCUUUUAGUUUAGAAUUUGCUACAUCUCAAUGGCAAAGAUUAGUUAGUAAUGCUGAGGGUCUUUUUAUGACUUUGGUAAAACAAGGCAUAGCAAAUGAUGCUCGAGAACAAAUAGAGCAAUGGCUUUAUCUAAAACAGGAAUGUACAGAUUGUUUUACCAAUGAUGGAUCUAUUAUAAAAGAAAAAACAUAUUCUUUGGACAGGAUUGAUGAAGUUACUGAGUCUGAUGGAAAAUCAUCUGUGAAAGGUAGUGAAUCUGAAACUGAAUAUAGUGAUAGUGGUGCUGAAAUUGACGAUGCAGUAGACUUAUCUCAAGUUGAAUCAAAAAGGCAAGAUUUUGCUGAAAAAUUAGAAUUUUUACUAAACAAGUUUUCUGAUAAAACUGAAGUGUUAGUUUCAAAUAGUAUAGGUCCUAUCAAAUCCCUUGAUGUUCCGGUUUGUCAUGCAGUUGUACAAAGAUCAAAUUUUCAUUCAACCAACAUUAAAAGAAGAAAAAGUAUAUUGCCGUCUAAUCCAGAUGAUUCUGAAAAUUUGCCAUCAAUGCUUGAUAGCACAAAAAAAGAAUUUGUUCUGCAGGCAAGCUUAACUCAAUCAAAGAAAAAGAUAAAGAAGUUUUUGAAGCAGCUGAGAAAAGAAGAAGAACAAAAUGGUUCUAAAACUGACGAAAGUAAAAGGUCUAAGGAAAAACCAAAGAAAUGUGAUAAAUCUAGUGAAAAUGAGGAACUUAAAAGUCUUAAGGAAAGUAAAAAACAAUAUAUCAAACCUCUUCAACAAAGUCAUCAGCUGUCCUUGAAAGAAUCUAAAAAGGUGAAAUCAAAUCAUAAGUCAUCAGCAAAUAUUUUAGUAGGAAAAAAUCAUUGUCUUAAUGACAAGGUUCUGAGGGAUGAAAUUACCAAUCUCAGGAUAACAAGAGACUUUCUUCUUGAACAGAGGAAGAAACUGGAUGCUAAAUUGAAUAGAGAUCGAAUAUUUUCACAUUGUGAAGAAAGGAGAUUCCUGGAACUUGAUGAAGCCAUAGAAGCUGUUGAUACUACAAUAGAAUUUAAAAAUGGUACUAUUUGUGGAAGAAAAAGCUUUGAAGAAAGUGAUGUUGAUGAAGGUGAACAAAUGUUGUUAGAUAGAUUGAUGAAACUUUCUGAACCUGAAAUGAGAUUUCUGUUGUAUAAAUAUUUUCAAAAAGCGAUUGACCUUCGUGAAUUUGGACGUAAAAUGGAACAGCAAAUUGCAGAUUUGGAUCAUCAAAUUGAGGCUCAGGCAUGGAAAAUUCAAGCACUCAGUAGUGCUCUUCAACAGGCUAAUGCAGAAAAUGAAAGAAGGCUAGUGAUGGUCCACAGAGAGCAUGAAGAAAAGUUGCAUCUUAUGUUUAGGCAUUAUACAGGAACCAGUAGCAGCGCAGAUACUAAAGCAGACGAACCAAGGGCAGUUCUUCCUCCGACUUCUUCACAAAAUGCUAUACCACAAUUGAGUUUACGUAAGCUUCAAGGAACUUCUUCCCCGCACACUACAAAAGUUACAAGACAGAAAAAGAAACUGAUCAUUCAACAACAAACAAGAAAAUAA